CCGCCGCGACUGCAAUUGCGUCGCAGGCUCACAAUCUUUUGGUCAAGCGAUCAGCUUUCUUUUUCGAUGCUCACUCUCGUCUCUGGAAUCACUAGCGAAACAGAGCAGUGGAGUUAAUCGAUCAGAGUGUGACUGGGACGAUAGAAUGUCCGUCGAGAAGAUGACUACGUUUCAGCUGGAAAAGCAUGUGGAUUAUAUCAAAUCUCUGGACAAGAAGGCGGACUUCGAUUCGGUUGUGAUGGAGCACCUUCGAAUGAGUGGAGCGUACUGGGGCCUCACAGCCAUGGAUAUGAUGCACAGUCUGGAUGACAUGGAUGGCGAUGAGAUUGCCGCGUGGAUCUUGAAGUGUCAGCAUGAUUGUGGGGGCUUUGGCGGAAACCUCGGUCAUGAUCCUCACAUUCUGUAUACCCUCAACGCCGUGCAGAUUUUAGCUCUCUUUGAUAAAUUAGAUGUCGCCGACGCUGACAAGAUCGCCAACUAUAUCUCUGGUCUGCAGAAAGACGACGGGUCAUUUGCAGGAGACGAGUGGGGAGAGAUUGACACCCGGUUCACCUAUGCUGCUGUCAACUGCCUCAGCAUCUUGAAACGGAUGCACACUAUAAAUGUCCAAAAAGCAACCGAUUUUCUAGUUCGCUGUAGGAAUUUUGACGGUGGAUUCGGAUGCACGCCCGGUGGGGAGUCUCAUGCUGGACAAAUUUUCUGCUGUGUUGCUGCUCUUGCUAUAAUGGGAGCACUUCAUCAUGUUGAUAAGGACCUCCUAGGCUGGUGGUUGUGCGAGCGCCAAGUAAAGGCCGGUGGAUUGAACGGGCGGCCUGAGAAGCUACCUGAUGUAUGUUAUUCAUGGUGGGUACUAUCGAGCCUCGUCAUUCUUGACAGAGCCCAUUGGAUUAACAAGGAAAAGUUAAAAGAUUUCAUUCUCAAUUGCCAGGAUCAAGAUAGAGGUGGCAUUUCAGAUGCGCCCGAUGACGCUGUGGACGUUUUCCAUACUUUCUUUGGUGUAGCUGGAUUAUCAUUGUUGGAAUACCCGGGAAUCAAAAGUAUCGACCCCGCAUAUGCUCUUCCAGUGCACGUAGUGGAUAGAAUAUUUUUCAGGCAGAAGUGUUAGCCGUGAUCUCUUAACGAUCCCACUCUUCUCACCAUAUCCUUUGCGGGAGGAGGAAAUGUGCUGCUCACGGGAGUGCAUUGCGUUCAAAUGCUUGUACAUUAUUGGUGAAAGCACUUCAUAUCUCCCAAGUGUUGCUAGUGAGGCAAAACAACACGGAGCGAGAUGAGUGCUGGCAACUCUUUGACUCCUGAUGACAUGGACUUUGUUGGGGUUUAUUGUCUUAGUUGAGAGGAGAAUUUGGUCCGGUGGAUUCAUGUUAUGAAAUAUACCUGAUCUAUUAGCUGCUCUUGAGUGCCCACAUAUAUGAGAAGGACUUGAAAUAUUUCUGGUCCUACGUGCAGCACUGACAGAUGUUCAAGGGCUCUGUGUACCUCGUAUACUACAAAAGGGCGAUGGAACGGAGUGUGAAGGUCAACUGUACAAAUGUUACAAGGGAUUUAAUAUCAUCAGUUAACAAAAGCCUUUGCAGACUUCAAGUGAAUUGCCUCCAUAGUUUCGGAUCAUCUACUCGGUUCUUGCGUCUUCUUUGUUUAAUAUACAGACUUGUUAGAAAGGAGCUCUCGAAUCUGGAUGAUAGAAGAACACGGGCAGAAGACUACGACGUUACUUCUCUUGCUAGAAAGUAAAGUAGUCCCCUGCCCUUGGAUUUCAGCUGUUUCGCAAGUAUUAUUCCGGCUCGUUGUAUACAAUCCGUGUCGGGAGCAGAGUACGUGACUCGGUACAAGUUAGUGACCUUAUCUGUUUAGACGAUAGUGAUAAUAAGAUUUGGUCCAUAAUUAGCAUAUUAUGUCAUGCUAAAUAUCAAAAGCAUGUUUCAGCUUCUGUGUGAAAAUCAGUAGUUCGGAUUCGCUGUUUCAUUUUUAUAGUGAAUCAAUAGUUUGUCAAAAGUAUGCAGCGAAGGUGAGGUGCCCCAGUCGCAUCCUCUCUGAACCCUUGGCUUUCAACUCUGAUGGGUGAAAGCCAUGGGAUGUUGCGAAAGAACUCCCUGGGUGAGGAUAGUGUGUACAACACGCGAGAUCCGUGAAUUUACAUUGCGUGUAUGGCUAAAUUCUUUAACUAUCAACAACUGUCUCGAUUUUUUUAAUUAUGCUACUAAAAUGU